AUGCCCGGAGAAGGCUACAGUCGCUGUAGCAGCGACGCUGAUCUGGAUUCGGGAACGGACAUUACUAGGGGAUCCACCAGUGUGUCGCAACUGUGCAGUCCCGUGCAGUUCGAAUUUUUUGGCUUCAGUGCGCAGCACCAGACGGAGGGACGGCUGGAUUGGGUCCGAGCAGGGAGGGCUGCCUCAGGGCCGACGGACAACAACAACCUCAGCGUAUAUUCGGUGCCCAUGUUAUCGCCGCCGCCAGCAGCGUCUCCAAAGACGCGGGGAAUGAGGAGAGAAAAAUCACGGAAUGUGGGAUUAUCAAGAGAAUUCUUGAUGUCCAUGUGUUUUAUCAGCCCACCGUGCUGGGAUGGUCCCUCUCUCCCGGACGGAGAGCAGACAGUUUGCGACGCCUCAGACUCCGAGAAUCACGACGUAUUGGACGAGUACGGGCUUUUUGCUGCCGUUGCUGACGGUGGGAAGUUAAAGCCACUUGUGCCUGACGGCCCCGCGCAAAAAAGUACGAGGGGUUCUGUGUUUGACAUUCGAAAGGCGAACCCCAGUCCUCUUGCAGCCGAGUUGUCACUCUCGCCUUCCGGAAACCAGUGUCUUCGGGAAUGCAAGGAGAGGACGACGGCGGCGGCGGCGGCGGCGGGGGGCAGCGAAAACGAACUAGGGAAUCAGCUUGUGAGUCGCGAGAGAGCUCAACAGAAAAGUCCGGAAAGCCGCUGUGGAUUGGAGCUGGCGACUUGUCCAUGUUCGGCGCCCUCGCGUAAGAACUUGGCCGAGCAGCCCUCGCGUAAGAACUUGGCCGAGCUGCCC